AGGGGAAAUCUGGACCGUGCGAUCGACAUGUUCAACAAGGCCAUAAACCUGGCCAAGUCAGAGAUGGAGAUGGCUCACCUGUACUCGCUAUGUGACGCCGCCUACGCUCAGACCGAGGUGGCCAAGAAGUACGGGCUGAAGCCUCCGACUCUGUAACGCCAACACAUCUCUGAACCCUCCGUGUUAAUGUCUCACCUAACUCUGAUUUGUAAAAAAGAAAAAAAAAAAUACAACAAAGAGCCCUGAGUAUAAUAUACACAGUGUUUACGUCACAUGACGGGGGUUGCUAUCAUAGAACGAAGGAUCCAUGCUCACCAUGGCUGCAGUGCUGGCCUCUGGUGGCAGGUGUGGGGCAGUUUGGGUGUUCUUAAAGUGGUUGUAUGAGCAAUGGGAACAGUCAGGUGAUACAGGAUGGAGAAACAGACAGGAAGCCGGACUCCACUGAGAAGACGAGUCACUGAUCGCGGGAGUUUCUGGUCUUACGCUGCCUUGAUUAAUAGGUGUACGAUGUGCUAUCAGACAUGAUGCUUUGAACAGUAUUGAUCACACAGAUGCUUAUGGGAACUUUUUCAAGUUCAUCCAGAUCUAAAAGCUCUCGCUAACUUCCUCUCGUAUCUCCUGGGACUCAGAAGGCUGGUCUCAGCAUCGCAACAUUAUGACUUUUCUCUCAAUUCUAAAUAUUUUCUUAAAAUCUUAAAAUCCUGACUUUUUUUCUCAACAUUUCAAAAAUAAUGACUUUCUUUUUCAAAAUCUAAAUAUUCUGACUUUUUACUCAAUUGUCUUCUUUCUCAGAAAACAAAAGAUAUAAUAUAAUGAUAAUAAUACUUUGGUUAUCUGUCAUCCAAAUACAAAACAAGUAUUAGCAUAAAUAUAUUGUGUUUUGAGUUUUUAAAGAAAGACACUUCAGAGUGACUCGUGACACACAUGAAGGCUUUGUUUUGGUGACGUUGGGGUUUCCAAACUAACCGUAUCAGAUCUAACCGAUGGAGGCAGGCGCCAGAAACUCCUGCUGGAAAGACUGUUCCUCUCAAUGCAGUCUGGUAGUCUAGCAGAGACGCCUCAGUCUGACCCGAGGUGAGGCUCUGAAUAAAGCGUGCACUACCCGAUAUGUCCUAAAGCAAUCGCUCAGCACUUCUCUGCUUAGCGUCUGUUUCCCACUGCAGGAGAACAUCAUGCAACCCCACUUUAAACAUGCAAACUGCCCCUUUAACCCACCAUUAUCGGACCCUCAGAGGACACUGAGCGUUCUCUGUAGAGAGGAACACAUGUCAACACGUCUAAAUCUAAGCGAGUAGUAACCAUGUGAAGUGUGCAGUCUGUUGAUUUACUGACUUCAAGGCUUUCAAACCUGCAGAGAAUACUGUGAGCUUUUUGAAUGGACUGUUAAUGUAUGCUGAUCUAAAGUGUGUGUGUGUGUGUGUCCCCCCCCCCCCCCCAUCAUCAUCAUCAACAACACACUCUUUGAUUUCUGAAUGGUUAUAGUCCGUGUGUAACGUCUGUUUGUAACGCUGGAACUGAUCCCAUGGGUACGGGCUGCAGAGGUUAGCGGUUAGCUUAGCAUCCUCAACUGUUUGUUUUUUAAUUAUGAUUGGGAUUGCUUGUUUCUCUAAUUCUUUUUUUUAUAUACUUUGUGCAGCAUGUUCACUUUAUAAAUAAAUGUAAAUGCAAUGCUCGUGCUUGAACACCAGGAAACCAUAAAGGUGUGUCUCUGAUUAGAGAAACAACGUCAUGUCUUUAGUUUGGUUUGUGUGCGCAGACGUCACGAGGGAUCGGACAGCGUCGUGUUCCCGAGAUUCAUUCAGAUUCAUUUUUAUUUUAUUGUGAGAUGUUUAUUUUUCUGUCCUUUUCAAAUGAUAUUGCCACGACCCGAGCCUGGUCGCGUCUUCUCCCGAUGCAGGGCGUGGGUUGGCUCUCCAGUAGCAUCCGUACUUUGUAAAGAAAAUAAAUAAAAGUAUUUACAUUUUAUUGAAUGUGUGGAAACGCCAAGGAACCGAAUCAUUGAAGCUGCAGCUGAUGACGAUUCCUCUCUGCAGACAUGUUCUUACACUUUCAGGAACUACAUGUAGCCACCAGCAGACACACAGACGGACACAGACACGCUCACUCACAGAUACACUCACACACACUGUUUGAUAUAGAUUACACUGACAUAUUUCGUGAUCUGUACGGUGACCAAAGUGAAAGACAAAAUGAAUCCUAAUAAAGUUAUAACUUCCUGAAA